AUGAAUGUUGUGGGUAAACGAUAAUGUAUGAAAUGCUAUGUAUGGACUAUGGACUGAAUGAUGAGUGCUAUUAGUAAUACAUUGCUGCAUGAAAUGUGAUGAAUACUUGUAUAAAUGGUAAUGAUAAUGAAGAUGAAACUGAGUUUUGGUUGAAUUGUGAAUGAUAAAUGAUUAUACAUGGAUGCUAAUGAUAAAUGAUAAUGGUUAAUGAACUGUCAAAUGUGGAUGAAGGGUCCUGAUGAUUAAUGUAUAGUUGUAUACUUGUGAUUACUGAACUGUGAAUGAAGGCUGCUUAUGUGAUGUAUGGAGUGAUAAAUGAGUAAUGAUAAAUGAAGGCUAUCUUGCUGGAAAUGUAUUGACUGUUGUUUUUAUAAUGAAUUGGAAAUCGACAAAUUUGUUUUUUUUCAUGUUUGUGUAGAUGACAUCUUCUUCUAGUAGCUUGAGUACCCCUUCAAUAUGCAGCAACCUUAAUCCCACCUCAACUUUAGCUGCAGCUCAGCCUUCAAACCCAAACGUAGACCCAAACCCUGACCUAACUAUCAUCCCUGAAGUAGAGUCGCAGUCAGUCCCAACCAUUCCUACUGAUGAAGGGCAGGAUAAUACAUUGCCUGUUAGGGCAGAAUCAGAAGAUGAAGACUAAAAAGUCAAGUAAGAAGCGUGCAGCACUGGAGCUAGAUACUCCGGCUAUUAAAGACAAGGUUGAAAUUGGUCAUGGAGAGACUGCAGAUGGAGUCCUUGUUGAUCAGGAUUUGAACGAACCAACCAUGGGAGAAAAACUUGCUAGUUUGAAUAUAGUACCUGAUGAUAGAGUGGCGAGCCAAAAUAAAGAAGGCUCUUCUCUCCAUGCAAAGCCUCCGAGUGCAGACUCUGUUCAUAUUUUGCUCAAGCAAGCACUACAUGCUGAUGACCGUGCCCUUCUAUUCGAGUGCUUAUACACCCAAGAUGAGAAGGUCAUUGCAAAGUCUGUCUCUCAAUUGAAUCCAGCUGGUGUUUUGAAGCUCUUACAAUCUCUCAUAUCUCUUAUCGAGUCAAGGGGUGCAAUUUUGGCUUGUGCACUUCCAUGGCUGAGAAGUCUACUUCUUCAACACGCAAGUGGGAUAGUGUCUCAAGAAUCUUCUUUAAGUGCCUUGAACUCUUUAUAUCAGCUCAUUGAGUCCAGAGUUUCCACUUUUCAGUCAGCUCUUCAACUAUCAAGUGUUUUAGACUUGCUGUAUACAGGGGUUGUUGAUGAUUUGGAUGAUGAGAAUGGCACUACAGGUCCAGUUAUUUACGAGGACAAAGAUAGUGAUGAAGAGGAAUCUGAGGACGCCAUGGAGACUGAUCAAGACGAUGAAGAUGGUGAGGAUUUGGAUGCAGAACUUGGUGGUGUUAGCGACUUCGAAGGAAUUGAAGGACUUGAUGACUUGAGCGAUUGAUCCAACCUUUGAGAUGCAUUUUUGUUGUAUUAACUUAUCAGCAAGUUGUACCAAACUACCAAUGACAUUGGCAUUUAUAUGAAUGAAAUUUUGUUACAUGCUUAUCUUUUCA